CACAAACCCGAUCCAUUUUCAUACACGUCUGCAUAGGACAUGAACUAUAGUUAUAAGAAUGUGUCAGCCAUUGCCGAAAGUGGCUGGACUGGGAAAAUAAAAGAAUUAACGAGCAAAUGGGUUUUAUUCAGAUGCUGCUACAUGUCAGUCAGUCUGUAUAAUGUGUGUGUGUGUGCGAAAGUUCAUAAUCCGGCGAGAGUUCCCGAAGCUUCCUAAUAACAGCACGAGUCUCUAAUGCUGCUGACGCUACAGCCCUCAUAAGACGCUCACUUUCACACCUAUGACCCUUCAGAAACUCGGACUCACCGCUAAUGAUGGCUUUUUCUUUAUACUGAUACACCUCUAUGGGACACGUCGAACGAGGGUUUGGAUAUUUCCUGUCCGUCAGGCUUAAGACUAUGACUGAUCACCAGGAUCAGGCUGAAGAUGUAGGCCUCCUAACGCCUCAUGAUCAAUCAGAACCCUCAAAGGAUGAUGACAUGCAUUUCAGGGUGCAUCUAAUAGAUGAUGAUCUGUCAUAUGAGGAUGUCAAGAAAUGCUACCGUGGUUCUACCGUCAGCAAGUACAAUGCGCAGUACCACAAGCUUUUCCAGAGCGUUCCCAAAGAAGAGCUCCUGAUGAAAGUUUACUCCUGUGCCCUGCUGCGAGACAUCCUGCUGCAAGGCCGACUCUACAUCUCUCGAAACUGGCUGUGUUUCUACGCCAACCUCUUUGGUAAAGACAUCAAGGUGGCCAUUCCUGUUGCGUCCGUGCGGUUGGUGAAGAAACAUAAGACAGCAGGUCUGGUUCCUAAUGGCUUGGCUAUCACCACAGACAGCAGUCAGAAGUACGUGUUUGUAUCUCUGCUGUCCAGAGAUAGCGUCUAUGAUGUGUUGAGACGCAUCUGCACACAUCUACAGGUCAAUGGGAAGAAGAUCCUAAGUCUCAAGCAGUACAUGGAGGAACCCAACUCUUUAUCUCUGGAUGAGUUCCCUGUCCCUGAAGUUUUCCCAGUACCAGAUGAGUUUCCUCCAGUGCUGAAGUGGAGGAGGAAGCCGUCAGUUGUGUCUGUGGCUUCUUCUCUUCCUGACUUACUGGGAAACUCCACUGGCAUCCUGAAUGCUGUAGAUGCCCCCUUCCAAACAGACAAGCCUCUGGAGGAUCAGAGUCUGGAAACCAAGAAGAUCCUCCUGACAGAAACGAUACCAGAACUUGGUCAGAUGGAGUACCAGCUACUGAAAUUCUUCAUCUUGCUCAUUAUCCUGCUCAUCCUGUCGUCGUGUUACCUGGCCUUCCGUGUCUGCAGCCUGGAGCAGCAGCUCUCUUUCCUCAGUAACAACCCUGCACUGACUCUCAGAGAGAGGUAACUACUGACGGUCACCACUGCACUUUACAGAGAAGUCGGUCCAGCGCUGGCGCUCUCUCUCUCUCUCUGUGGCCACCUUGCAACUAUGCAAACAAACUCUCUUAUGUAUUAAUGCAAAGUUCAUCUCAGAUUGUGUUAACAAUGAGCCUGACUUAAGAACAGAAGACUGGAAGUGUUCUCACACAGUCAUUCUGUGUUACUGGAUCCAAGCAGAAAGGACCCGACUGUCCUACACAGAAUAUAGACUGCAAGUCCUGUUUAUUACAGUGAUGGAAUAUUAUAGAAGGCUCUGUUUCCACCAACAAAAACUCUUCUUGUGGUCACUUGUCACCUAAUAAGGACAAAUGUAUCAAUCGCUCUACAUCAAAUCAGUUGAAUGACUUUCCAUAGGUUAUAAAUAUCUUGAAUAUGUAUAGCUCAGGAUCUAAUGCAGUACAUUAAGAUAAGAUUAUUUUAUUUAUUUAUAUGCAAGCCACUUGCCAUGUUCUAGCUCUUCCAAUAGGAUUUAGAAGACAGCAUCAUGAAAAUAUCUAAUAUGUGUGAUCAGGUCGUCAUCAGUCUUACUGUGUGUUCACAGCUUGAUCGGCUCGAGUCAGUGACCUGGGCAAAAUGUUUAUGGCAUAUUGAAUGUUUACUCGAGUAAAUUUUGAAGCUGUAGAAUUCAUGGACAAUAAAAUGUUAUUUUAAUUUUCAUGUACUUUCCAGAGGUUCCCAUUGUGCUAUUGUUGUUUCCUAAAGCGUCCUGUACAGAUGUUUCUGACAUAGAAAACAAUAGUUAAAAAAAAAAGUAUUUAUUUUCAAUGGAAUGGCUUUAUUGAACCACUAAAAAAUUGCAUUAUGUGUCAUAUCUGAUACAUAAGGCUUAUAUGGCUCUUACAGUAGUGAGAAUAUGGAGCUCGUACUGAUGCAGAAUGGAGAAAAAUGGUACACAGUUUCUGAUCUUUGUAUGGCCAAAAAGAUGAAAUAGCUUGUAAUGUAAAUCAAUGUGACCUUUAUAACUCUAUAGCUGAAUACUACUAAUAACAUUUUCACUUUAUAUCUCCUAAUCCUUUCUUAUUAUAAUUAUAUUUAAAUGCUUCUUUUUAAUGUUCAAAGCUCUGAAGUUUUUAUUUUGAAGGCAAAAGCUCUCAGAUGGCACGGUUUCAGUUUUCUCGUUUACUUUCUUCACCUGAGAUGCAACAUUCAAAACACAGGGUGGUUUAAGAAUUGUAUAAUAAAGAUUGAUGUAGG